GCUCGUUGUCCCGGCAUUUCUUGCACCAGGUGGCAGCUCAGGAGGCGCAAAUUUGCGCGUGGAACAAGAUUGUAUUUGUUAUUAAAUAAUUGUAAAUUGGAGCUGUUAAGAGAAAGACAAUACAAUGCCCGCGGUGGAGAAAUGCGUGAUCACCGAUUGGAAGCGCCUCUGGCAGAUGGUCUCCGGAAUCCACUAUGAGACGCCCCAGCAAACGGUGCGCGAGGAGCUGAUGAACGUGGCCACCGAACUGCAGACCGGCGUGCUCCAGUUCAAGCCCAAGAGCGCCUCCAACGUCCAGCUGGGCACGCUGCUCAAGGAGAAGAAACAGGAGAAGCUGCUGCCCUUCACCGAGCGACUGCAGGAUCUGCUGGAUCUGGAAUCCGCCCAGUGCUGGGAGAUCUUGUGCUACUACCUCACACAGGAGUACCGCGGCUCGGCCAGCCUCCUGACCCAACUGAUCUCCACCGAAACGAACAUGGCCAAGCUGCAUGAGGACAUCCGUCACUACUACUCCCUGGAGCGCAUGAUAGUGCUGAAGAUCGUCAAGAACCUGAUUGUGUUCCACCGGGUGCCGAAUCACCCCUACCACCAGGAGUAUCGCGCCGUGGUGGAGAAGAUAACCCUAACCCGCCUGAGGGAUUCGUACCUGCAGCAGUUUGAGAACCUGAUUAGCGAACUGCCACCUACGAAGCUAAUGGCGGGCGAGUGCUUCCACUCCACGGAGCGAUUGAUUGCCUGGUCGGAGAGGAACGCCCGCGAGACCAACGAGGUGCUGCAAAUCCUCCUUCUGCUGGCAGAGCACCUGCCCAUGGGCUUGGAGCAGAUCAAAAGGAUAUUCGCCGCCUGCAAGCAGCACUCGUUCGGAAAGAUACAGAACUACCUGGACGACAGCCAAGCCUACCACCAGGAGCUGAUCCGCAGCCUCACCUACUCGGAGCUGGUGCUCAUUCUGAAGUGCCUGGACUUUGAGAAGCCGCAGGAAAACUCCAAUUUGAUUGAAAAACUGAUAGAGGACCUGCAAGUAGACAUUGCCAGCAUGUACCAUCGGCCAGAGCACGGCCCCCUACUUCUGGUGUGGAUGCUCCUGCGCCUGCGAGGCACCAACGAUGCCGACGACGCCUCCAGUUUGCUACGGUGCCGGCAGCUGGGCAAGCGGGCCGUGGAUCUAAAGUGCUUUGUCCAACUGCACCUAGUGGCCAGGCAUGCCAUGUACGCCGAUGACUCGAUGCUCUCGCGGAUUGUGCGCAAGACCAUAUACAACCAGCUGGCGUACAUGUGCAACCUGUUUGAUGGCGAUGGCAGUUGUGCCCGAUAUGAGGGUAUUUACGAGCUGCUUUGCGAACUGGUAUCCUGGCCUCACUUAGCCAAAGAUUUCUGUAGUCGGGAAGAUGAUGGUCCGCGCUCUCUUUAUAAAACUCUGCUGGAGAACUUUCCUCUGGAAUUUACUCACCUGUCCAAGCUGGCACAAUCACUGACUAAAGGUGGACAAGGAAACUAUAUCAAAAGUCAGCUGGAAGCAUUGCCCAUAUUGGCCCUCCUUUACGAUGAGAGUCAGCACAAACUCAGGGAGGUGGACACGGAUGAGUUCGAGCUUUUAGCCAGUGUGCGUCCUUUUCCGCGGAUCGACUAUACCAUACCCGCUGGCACCAGUUGCACAGCCAUUCAACAUCCCUCUGGGUGCUACAUGCAUUUUCGCACUCAAGUGAACUUCUUCGACGCCCUGCAUCACGAGAUUAACUGUCUCAUACGAGAAACGGGCCAUUUACAUGGUGACUUUGAGUCCAGCGAGCGCAUCCGUCACGUAGAAGCUGGUUUGAGAUUCCUGGAGAGCGCCAUCCAACUAAGUCAAUCGAUUUCAGGCAUCAGUGCCGAGAUGGUGCAUCCCACAGAGAUGUGCGUCGAUCUGCUGCACAAGUUCAAGAGCGUUCAGUGUCCACCCGUUGGACUUCUGUCCAGUUGUCUUAAUGUUUGCACUGCCCUGCUGCCACUGGUUGACGAAGAGAUAUUUUCACGAAUCAGCAAUCUACACAUCCUGCCCACCGUUAGUCAGGGAGCCCAGUACGACUUUAAGAUGUAUGCCAAUGCCAGUGGAGUGGGCUACGAGUCCCGCUUCCUCGGCUCCGUCAUUGAUAAUGUGGAGAAAAAGAACGAGCGCUACGAAUUCCUGCUCUCCUACCUCGGUUUCCUGCGCACGUACACCAAGUUAAAAAAGCAUCGUCACAUUCAGGUGGAGAUUCCGGGAUUGAUUUUCCUUCUGAGGGAUGUCUUUCCACACUUGCACACCUGGCACUUUCGAUCUCAGUUGGAGAGGAACAAGAUAUACUUCGAGGUUCUGAGCUUCAUCUGCGACAUUUUGGAUUUAUUUAAUACCAGCACUGGUUCCAAGUGCGAGCAGCGUGAACUUUUGCUAAUGGUCUGCGUUUAUUCGCUCCUCAAUCUGGAUAAUGGGCUGAUCCUUCUAAGAUUUGUGGGUGUGGGCAAUGCUUACGUACAGUACACCAUGGAGUUGGAGACCAAUUGGAUGCAACAACAGCCACAUGGCUUGAUGAUGCUGGUGCGUCUUUCCAUGCGCAUUCUGAUGCAGCUGCUCAGGCUAAAGGACAAAGUAUAUGGGAACAGUGAAACUCUCUCCCCUCUAGAGGCCUUAAUAUACACCCAACCCAAACAACGAGACACUCUGCGAAUCAUUCCCACAGUCUGCAGCUACAUGAGCAACAUAUUUGAUAGGUGGCUGCCGAUCCUCUCUUGUCGCCUGCUAAAGAGAAUCGCACUCGAGUUCAACAUGUCUCUACUGGCCUGUUUGGACAUGGAGGCAGAUCAAAUCCGAUUGACCUUCAUGCAGAAGUUGCCCGAUGAGUUGGAGAGCGAUUCUAUCAAGCUGGCCAUUCUGGAGCUGGUGGACGCUUGCAUUGCCAAGCAACCGGGCGUAACCGAGGCUUUCUUCAAGGUGAACUACGCCCAAGACAAACGUUCCCGCUCCUUCUUCGGCAAGGAAUGUGUGCCCAAUAUCGGGGAGAGCAUCGUCACUUACAUGCGGGAGUUUCUGGAUGCCCUCCAAGUGGAGCCUCUGACCAUCCAGCAGGCGCUGCCCGGCAAGAUCAUGAACAUCUUCCACUCGCUCUGGAAGCACAAUCUUCAGAUGCUAGUGUACGAACUGCUGAAAGACAAACAGUUUUGGGAAAAACUCUGCGCACCGCUCUUCUCCGAACUUCAGCCGAAUGUUAGGAUCUACACGCAGCUCCUGAACAUCAUAUCCAUUGAGGUUUACACGGGCAAUGGAAGCAAUGCCGCACUGCUGGAUGUGAUGACCAAGUUCUUUGAGCCCAAACACUUUGGUCCCUGGCUUAACUACGUAUUCAACAUGCCAAAGGUUCCUGCUACAAAUGACUUAAGUUCCUCAGAUGAGCUGCCCGACUGGAUCUGCUGCCUGCAGGCUUUCAAGGAUCUGAUCGUUAUUCUACUGAAGAAGCAGCCCAAGUUCAUGACCAUACCCGAGUCUCAGUUCAAGCUGUUGGCUCAGAAGUGUCUUAAAGUUUUAGUCGAUCGCUCUCACUAUCUGGAGGACAUGCGUCCAUUUAUCAUGCUGGCUGAGCUGUAUGUGUUCCUGCUACUUCAAUUCAAACACUCUUACACAAACAGCGCGGAGGAGGAGCAGGAACUAAUGGAACUGCUAUUGCAGCUGAUGGGUCGCAUCUGCUCCUGCUAUGAGGAUCAGCAUGUGAGGGCCAAAGAGGCCUGCCUGGCCAUAGUGACCAAGUGCACACAUCUUUACACCGACUUACUAAUUCGGGACUCUUCAAUCACCCUGCGUUUUCUCAACUCCGUCGUGAGCAUUAUCUGCAGUGAGCUGCAGCACAUGGAGAACUCGGUGAGCCUGGAAAAAUCGCAAUGCCUGAAUAGUUCAGACAUUUCAGACGGCAAGGCCUCGACCAACUCGUUGAUCCUGUGCCUCAAUCUGCUCAAGGCUGUGGCCACCAUCUUCCACAACGAUGGCCCCGGAAACUGGGAUCUGCCAUUUGUUUCGGUUCGGCUGUUCCAGCGGCUUGUGCGCUGCGUCUCCAAAACGUUGCCCUUGUUCAGCAAACAAGUGCUCAGUGUCCAGCUGCUCGACGUGCUCAUCGUGUUCGCCAAGGGCCACUGCUCUGUGGAGUUUCUGCACUGCGAUGUGGGCGAGUACUUGUGGCUGAAUCUGUUGCCGCCCAGGGAACUUCUGCAGUCGAAGUAUGAGUACGCUAAGCCAUCGCCGGCGGAUUCCGAGCGCUGGACUGUGGAGCAGUGGUGGCCUGUUUACGCCAGGGGCAUCGAAUUCGUCACCAUAAUCUACGAAAAGCACAAGAAGUGCUUCCUGCAGGAGGCCUUCCAGUUCGUUGGCAUUCAUGCCGUCUACCUUGAGGAUGCCCUGCUGCUGAGCAAGCAAUCUCUGGAACCAGCUGCCAUGCAGUUAAUAAAGGCAGCUGUUGGCCUGGUGGCCAGCCUCACGGAGCACCACAAAGAGUGGAAGCAGGAUAACGAUCUGUCACUUGUCAACAUAAUGCGUGCAGUCCAGGGGUUAUUGUGCCACAGUUCAUCGUUGUUCCAUCAGCAAAGAAACUUAAAAUGCCUCCUGGCUGGUCGUCGUUCGCAGCUGGAAAUCCUGCGCAGCACCGAGGCUAUAACCAUUGAUGACGAACUCAUCGCUGCCUGCAAUGACCUCACAGAUAUAAUUAUUUACUGUGUGAAAUCCUUGCUGAGAUUCAGUCCGGAUUUGAUGGAACUACUCUGCUGCAGUGUGUAUGAGCCCUCCAAAUACGCAGCAUUGCUAGAUGUAAAGUUUGGGGCCCCCAAAUUGAACGAAGAGAAUCUUACACUCACGUUCGGAAUUAUACUCAACUUGGUUAACAUAUACGUGAAGGCCUUAAAUAUGCAAAACCACGGCUUCAGUGAGGUGCCCCUUAAUACACUGCCUAACGUGGAGCAAUCCGGGGACAACGAUGAUACAGAUAUCUGCGUGGGCAACCAGAUGAACCGCACCUUCUCCAAAUCCCUGUCGACCGUCUCGGUUUCGUCCGUCAGCUGUCCAGCCAGUGAGCUGCUCUCCAAUAUGGACGGACAGCUUUGUCUGCUGGCCCUGGAGCACCUGCUCAUGCUGGUGGCCUCGCAGGCCAUCUACAUCAUUCGCUCGCCGGAUCUGGAACCGCGCUGGAAGCAGAUUGUGCGCCGGGACAUCAGCAACGAGCUGGUGUUGUUCAAUGAGUUUGUGCGCCGCAAGGUGAUAUUGGAUUACAAGGAGAACCGGAGUCCGUGGCUGCGACGCAAGCACGGGCACUACAAGCUGAAGUUCAAGGACCCGGCCAGGAGUUCGUCCAGUUUAACACGCAGCUCGGACAUUGUGCGUCGCAGCAACACAAACACUAAUGAGCUGCGGGUUAACGUGGUUCGCAGGCUGCAUCUCCAGCAACAGCAACGUACUCCACAGCCGCAUAACUUUGACAUGACCAGCGAUCUGAGUCCCAUUCCGGUGAUGCAAGGAGCUGCCAUGUCGUCGACUUUGGAUUCCAGAGACAGUCGGAAGCGUUUGUAUCCCAUUCAGCAGGCGGGCGAGGCCUUUUUGGAGGAGGAAUUGGCCGCCAUCGACCUGCAGUUCUUCCCCCCGCCCUCGGAGCACGGUUAUUGUGAAUUGUCGCAGGUUCAGUUGGUGGAAGAGGACUACCUUCAGCUGAUGUCGGCCCUCUUCAAUGUGAUGCCCCAUUGCGACUGAGUUGUUUACCCUCUUGAUUGUUAAAGUGGCCGGUGAAUUAUUGAAUAAAGUUUGUACACUCGUAAUAA